AUGUCUCCAACAUGGUCUCAUGGUGAUGUUACCCAAACUGAUAGUCCCAACCGGGACUUUGAUGACGCAGAGAAAGGCAUGUACGAUGGUACUCCCAGCUUGCCAGUGCGACCACCUCUCGCCUGUCUGGAUGGCAGGCCACCCAAUCGUAUCGAUACAGCACUGUCACCAACGUCACCAAUUCAUGAGGGCAUAACGCCAUUCUCGAGCGUGCCGAUGCUGUCCCUGUCAUGGCCAGAAGGAAAGCCACCGAAGCUCACACCUGUUGCCCCUAGGAAACCAGUACGGGAGAGUCGGUGGAUUCGUUGUCAACUGUGGUUCAACACAUACCGGAAGUUCUUUACAUUUGUCACAUUGCUCAAUUUGGCUGGUAUCAUUAUGGUCUCCUUGGGCCGGUUUCCUUAUGCGGAGAGCCAUACCGGAGCAAUGGUACUUGGGAACCUCUUGACAGCGGUGCUGAUGCGAAACGAGUUGUUUCUGCGCUUUUUGUACCUCAUUGCAAUUUAUGGUCUGAGGAGCUGGGCUCCCAUAUGGAUCAAGCUAUCAGUAACAUCAAUUUUGCAACACGUUGGAGGGAUACAUUCAGGAUGUGCGCUUUCUGGAGCCGCCUGGCUAGUGUACAAGAUCGUCGACAUCGUGCGGCAUCGCUCUGUACAGCACCGCACGGUAAUUGCAACUGGUAUUCUCACCAAUGUUCUUGUCAUAAUUUCCGUGCUGAGUGCAUUCCCAUGGAUCCGCAACUACCACCACAACGUCUUUGAGAGGCAUCAUCGAUUCAUUGGAUGGCUGGGUCUUACUGCGACCUGGUGCUUUGUGAUCCUUGGAAACACUUACGACAUCAAACGAGGGGAAUGGAGACAUGAUGCCAACUCGUUACUGAGCGCGCAGGAACUGUGGUUCGCCGUGUUCAUGACAAUAUUUGUUCUCAUCCCUUGGCUCACCCUCCGCAAAGUCCCCGUCGAAGUUGAAAUCCCAUCUCCUAAAGUGGCGAUUCUCCGCUUCAACCGUGGUAUCCAGCAAGGUCUGCUGGGAAGAAUUAGUCGGACUUCAAUCAUGGAGUAUCAUGCGUUUGGGAUCAUCAGCGAGGGGACAAGGUCUCCGCAUCAUUACAUGAUCUGUGGCGUGCAAGGUGACUUUACCGAGAGUCUGGUUAAGAAUCCGCCGAAGUUUGUGUGGACACGGGAACUGAAGUUUGCUGGUGUUGGCCAUGCUUCCGCAAUGUUUAAGCGCGGUAUUCGAAUAUGUACUGGCACAGGUAUUGGAGCAGCGCUCUCCACCUGCAUUCAAAAUCCUAACUGGUUUCUCAUCUGGAUCGGGUCUGACCAAGAACGAACCUUCGGCCCGACAAUAUCGCGGCUAAUCCAUGAUAACAUCGAGCCGGAGCGCAUGAUCCUCUGGGACUCUAAGAAACGAGGUGGCAGACCAGAUUCAGUUCAGCUGCUGAAAGAUACGUGGCGCAGCUUUGGGGCAGAGGUUAUUUUUAUCACGAGCAACAUGAAGGGGAAUGAUGAGAUGAUGCACGGUUGUCAUGCUGCUGGUUUGCAUGCCUUUGGCACGCUUUGGGACUUCUGA